AUGCACGAUCAAAAGAACCAAAAUCCAUCCGAGGACAGAGGACGCUAUCAUGAGGAAGAGGCAGCAGAUCAGCCUCCAGCAUACAUAGCAGGACCCGCAAUACAACCAAGCCGAUCACCAGCACAAGCCCCUCAUCAAACAAGCCACAAACCAAUCGCAAUCCCAGCCAUCACCUCGUCCUCUGAUUCUCCUUUCAUCCGUGCAUAUGCACCCAUUCUAAGAAACCACCAACUUCCCAAGGAAUCGUUUCUCAGCUUCCUCGACCAACUGAACAAAGACAUAGCUGCCAGUCCGCCCCUCCAAGUCCUAGAUGCAACGGGCGGGAUCUUGAAGUCGGUCCCGAUAUUAUUCCCGUUGCACUGGAUUGGCGGUGUGGUCAGCGGACUCGCAAACAUGGGCAGCCAAGGCAUGUCCAAAAGCCGAACGGACUCCUCCAUCAAACAAGCGAAUAGGGACAUAUUCCGUCCGCGCGGCUUGGAGGUUGAAAUUGCGAAACUGGAUGCCCUGGCACAUGUUGCAAAGCUCCCUAUAUUGGAUUCUCAAGGCAAAAUCGAUCGACAGGCGCCUCUGUUUCUACAACUCCAGGAUGGGGUGUCCAUGGCGAACCCUGGGACCGAUGAAAGGCAGCAACAGGAACUUGAUUUGCAGCAGAGGAUAUCGACUUUGCAGCCCUGGAUUGCUGAGCUUGAAUUUGAUAUCUUACCUUGGUCUUCCAAGUCUAGAUUGACCCGGUUCAACGCCUCGUUGAAGAAGUAUAAUGAGCCGGAAUAUCAGGAGAAGAGAGGCAUGGGUAGGCGAGGCGAUGUUUACAUCCAAGAGACACCACAGGAAGAGGCUCCUUUUAGGAAGGCUUUGUGGCUUGUUAUUCGGGAGGUUGAGACGGAUGAAAGACGUUAA